AUGCCAUGCAUCAACGAGUCUCAGGUCAUAGGCAUCAACGAUCCGGGGGGGGCUCGAAUCCAGGAGGGCGUUGUGUCGCUGGCCGGCUAUGCCAACGUCUUCCAGCUGAACGUGCUGGCAUCGGGAGUCAUUCCGCAGCUCUCCCUCAUCAUAGGUGGUGCUGUCUACUCGCCUGCUCUCACGGAUUUUGUGGCCAUGGUGAGAUGCGGUGAAAAGUGGGGAGAUGCGGUGAAGAGUGGUAUUGUGCAAUGCACGGCAUACACGUUCGCGGCCAAACGUGACGAGGAGAAGGACGCCCGUUGCUGCUCACUGCUCAUACCCCCCUCCCCUCCAAUGCUCCGCACACCCGUGGCACGGCACGGCGUUCAUGUGUGUGACGGGGCCUGCCAUGCUGAACCACGCUCUCUGCUGCUCCCUGCUCUCUUGUCUCUUAUCCAAUUGACCUGCCCCUGCAUUCCCCCCUCCUGCAUUCCCCCUCCUGCAUUCCCCCCUCCUGCAUUCCCCCCUCCUGCAUUCCCCCCUCCUGCAUUCCCCCCUCCUGCAUGCCCCCCUCCUGCAUUCCCCCCUCCUGCAUUCUCCCCUCCUGCAUGCCCCCCUCCUGCAUUCCCCCCUCCUCAUUUCCCCUCCCCAGACUCGAGGCACGGCGUACAUGAUGAGCUAGGAGGAGCGGACGUGCAGUCCAAGUCAGGGGUGGUGCACCUGGCGUAUGACAACGAACUCGAUGCUCUUGCAAGGUGCGCUGCUGUGUGCUGUGGGCAUGGUCAUGUGGUGUGGGUGGGAUGGGGGGAGGUGUGGUGUGGGUAUGGUCAUGUGGUGUGGGUGGGAUGGGGGGAGGUGUGGUGUGGGUAUGGUCAUGUGGUGUGGGUGGGAUGGGGGGAGGUGUGGUGUGGGUAUGGUCAUGUGGUGUGGGUGGGAUGGGGGGAGGUGUGGUGUGGGUAUGGUCAUGUGGUGUGGGUGGGAUGGGGGGAGGUGUGGUGUGGGUAUGGUCAUGUGGUGUGGGUGGGAUGGGGGGAGGUGUGGUGUGGGUAUGGUCAUGUGGUGUGGGUGGGAUGGGGGGAGGUGUGGUGUGGGUAUGGUCAUGUGGUGUGGGUGGGAUGGGGGGAGGUGUGGUGUGGGUAUGGUCAUGUGGGGUGGGUGGGAUGGGGGGAGGUGUGGUGUGGGUAUGGUCAUGCGCCCCCGACGCCUCUCCAUCACGAUGACCUACAAGGGGCAGCAGGCGGGCGUAGAGUCCAAGCCAGGAGUGGAGUGGUGCUCCUCGCGUAUGACAAUGAGGUGGACGGCCUUGCAGGCUGUGGUGGGGUGGGGAUCCGAGACCUCUUUGACUUCCUGCCGCUCUCCAAUCAGCAUGCGCCACCUCUGCGCCCCAACUUCGACUCCCCGUGA